AUGAAGAAAAAGGAGUUUCCCGGCCAAUAUUGUUAUCCACCUCUCAUGGAAAAGAGAAGCUCUCCACUGUUCCGAUAUCUGCUCACAAUCCAGAAACCACUGAAGGAUGGAGGAAAUUCAGAGGACACCCCUGUGGGAAACUUGCCUGUUGCUACUCCAGCUUCAGCGUGGGCGACCCAUUACAGCAGCUUUGAUUCUCAGCAAGAGCAUCGACCUGAUCUCAUCAACGACCUCAGUCCGGGCAUUGUCAGCGAACUCGACAGCUACCCUGACGCCUCUCCCCAGUCCCAAUCGCCCGAAGCCGAGUACGACGGCAACUGGGACUCAGCAGAGAUGGCGGACCCUUUCGAGGUUCGGAUGCGCUUCACGGCCCAGCUCCAGCAUCUCAACGCAUCUGUCACCUCGGCUCAGAAGGCCGCUCAGUAUGCCCUCAAGUACAAGGACAUGGACGAGGACCUGCACUCUUGCAUCCUCGAGCAGUUGGAGCGAAACAACAUGAAUACUCGCGCCAACAUCAUGUACUUCAUCGAGCAUUUCCUGGAGAUGGCUCAGAAGGAGAAACACAUCGACUACGUCCGCAUGAUGCAGCGCGACAUCAUCCGCAUCGUCGACGCAGUCGCUCCUGAUGACGGAUCUGGCGCCGCCAAUGUCAAGGUCGUCAGAAGAGUUCUCCGGGGCCUCCAGCAGAAGGACUUCCUUGAGGCGCGCACCGUCGACGAGAUUGAAGAGGUUCUCAAGGAGCGCGAGACCAGCGCCCACGACGCUGGCCUCUCAUCGCCCGUUAACGGCGACGUUGAAAUGGGCGACGCGCCGCCCGCCCAGUCGCUCCCGACCAACGGCCGGGCCCUGCGGCUGGAGAAGCGCCAGAUCGAGCAGCGCAUCGAGGAAGACCGCGAGCGCCACAAGCGUCUCCGCGAGAACAUCUGGGCGAUCGGAGCCCAUGACAACGCCGAGGUCGACAAGAUCUGGGAGGAGACGAGCGACUUCGGCGAUGACGACCACAUCCUCGCCGAGGAGGAGUUUACCGAGUUCACCCAGGCCAUGCAGCACUCGUGCCCCCCUAAGCCACCCGCCGGCCCUGCCAGCACUCGCAUCGUGAAUGGUAAGAAGCGUUGA